AUUGAUAACACAAAAUAAAAAGUUGUAUCGCUAUUGAAAGUCGUUUAUUAUUUGCAAGAGAUUUUUAAUUUAUUUAAGUUAUGGCGUCGAUAAAAGUUUAUACAUUAGGUCGAUUAACUAAAUAUGUUACAGAUUCAACAUUGAAAGCUCUAAGAACAAAUAUCUACUGUACCUCUGUUCGGUGCUAUGGUGCUGAAGAAAAGCCAUCAGAGAAGGAAUCUGAGAGCAAACCAGAGAAACAGCUUCCCUCAUCAGUAGAAGAGUGUCACAAGCAAAUCGAAAGCCUCACAGCAGAUUUAAAAACAGUUACUGAACAAUGUAAGGAUUUUGAGGACAAGUAUAAGCGUUCAUUGGCUGACUGUGAGAAUGUCAGACGCAGAAUGAUGAAGCAAGUUGAAGAUGCAAAGUCGUUUGCAAUACAGAGCUUCUGUAAAGAUCUCCUUGAUGUGGCAGACACACUGUCAGCAGCUGCGGAGAGUGUUCCUGAAGGAGAGGGUGGAGCCAGUCCCGCAUUGCGCUCAGUUGCAGACGGAAUCAAGCUGACGAGAGCACAACUAGCACAGGUGUUUGCUAGACAUGGACUUGUAGCAGUGUCACCGCUGAGAGAAAAAUUUGAUCCGAAUUUACAUGAAGCACUAUUUCAACAGGAAGUUGAAGGCGCGGAAGCCGGCACGGUGGUGGCUGUCAGCAAAGUUGGCUACAAACUGCACGAAAGAUGUGUCCGGCCAGCGCUCGUGGGUGUGGCCAAGUGAUGCUCCAGGGGACACUUCUGGGACCGCUACAGUUCCUUCACUGUCCGGAUAGGGUCGGCCAAUAGUCUUAACAAUUAAUCAGAUGAAUUUCAAUAUGCAGUAAGGAGAGCUACUUUUUGAUCAAACAACCUAAAUUAUGUUCAAUUUUAAAAGAACAAUGACUACAUGUGUAAUGCAAAAAAAUAUUAUUAGUGAACAUAUAAGACUCAACUGAUGAGUUUAUGGCUUAAAAUUAUAAUAAUUUAAGACUAUUGGCCGAUACUAUACAACACCUAUAAAACAGAAUUCAUUUGAUGAAAACUUUCUAAUUAAUAAUUAGAAAUGGUAUAAAUAAUUAUUACAUGAAAAAGCCUCGGCUCGGUUUUUAGUGUCAUAAUAAUUGAACGUUUAAAAUGGAAAAUAUAAUUAUACCUAGACAGUGUUUAUCGCACAUUAUGAAAUAAGAUUCGUUUAACGUUACAAAUCUGUGCCAGUCAUUUGAUUUUUAUUGUUACAUCACUAUUACUAAAGUGGAAGUAGAAAUUAAUGGGAGAUAAUGUUAAAAUUGAAAUGAAAGCAUUUAGCGAUAUUAUUUUUAUUAAUAUUUAUUUGUGUGAUUUAAAAUUAUUGUCGCUUCGAAAUUAAUUGUAUAACAGCAUAAUUAUACAUUAAGAUACACUAAUAAGAAUAGUCGCGAACCAGGAACACUUCGGUCAUCGACCUAACAUUGCGUCCCUGGUCGAAAUUUCUUGCUGCGCGACUGUAAAAGCAUUUAGGAAUGAUGGUCCUUAUUUAUUUCUUCCUUAUUUUCACACUCCAAUACCCUUUACUAUGCCAGAUGAAGUAAGAAUUUAUGAUGUUUAUCAAAAGGGCAAUUUGAACCUCACAACUCCUUUUUUUUCUUCUGUAAUCAACACGCUGUAUUCCAAUUAUGAAUGAAUUCGUUUAAAUAGGGCUGUAUGGUGAUAUUUUGUAUAAUUCCAAAUAUUUGUAUUUAGUUUGUAGAAUGUAGCCAGCCUUAACGGAAUUUAACUGCUGAAUUUCGUUAAAAUUUUUGUAUAAAUGUAUGAAUGGUGACUGUUAAUAAAAAUUGUUAGUUAA